GAUUCAUCCCAGAUCUUCCACUAUGAACACCCCAACGCAAACAUCCUCCAUGAAGACUUCAGCGACCGGCUGCAGUGGCAGGGAACGCUGAACGACGACGUCCAGAUCGGCGCCGUUUACGUCCAGAACGUCACCUUCAACGACAGCGGGACGUACCGCUGCACCUUCCGCCGCACCCUCUUCCUGCCGCUGCAGCCCGAGAACGUGGUGGUGGAGAAGGAGGUGGAGCUCACCGUGGUGGCCGCAGCCAACCGGGAGCUGACAGCGGUGAUCUCUGAGAUCGUGAUGUACGUCCUGAUCGUGGUGCUGCAGCUGUGGCUCAUCCUGGUCAUGGUCUACUGCUACAAGAAGAUCUGGGACGAACACGAAGCGAGAGAGGCGAAGAAAGCCCUGGAAGCGGAGGGAUCACUGCUGGAGUCCAAGGAUCCCUGUGACGGCGUGCAGGCGGAGUAACGCCAGAGCAGAUUCAGCACGCUCCGCUGGAGCUGCAGCCUGAAAAGUUCAUAACGAAUAUGCUUUUACAUAUUUGUUGAAUCUGAGGUGAUUGACAGCGCUAAGCCCCACCUCCUGGCUCUGAUUGGUUGUUUUUGGAGCAUUUCUUCAGACAGCAGAUCAAUCUUUUCACAGAUUGUUUCUCUCACAACAAAGUGCAAUGAUGACAGGUUUGAUAAAUAUGUUAAAAAACCCACAUUUUUCAUAAAAGUUACUCAUAUCAGUUUUAAGAAGUGAAUUAACAUCCAGCCAGACGGAUUGCAGAUUUAUUCUGGAUCCUUCAGGGGUUCAUCGUCUCUGAAAGGCUUUGAAUGAUCAUGAGGUUUAUUCCUGAUGGAAACGUCUGACCUGAACCACCAGAACCUCUCAGGUGGUUCUGACAGCUUUAUCACUUCAGCUUAACCUGAGACAACAUGAAGGACUCUGAUGUCACAUCCUGUCUGUCACCAUGGGAAACCGCCUGAUUCGCCAAGCAGAAAAAAUAUUUCCUUUCUUCUUCUUGUCCGUCUGUCGAUCAUUUCUAUGUUUUCUUAUUUCUAGGGAUGAACUGAUGUGAAAACUUGGACCGAUAUUAGUAUCUGAUAUUACUACAGAUAACCGAUAUUUAUCAGUAUUAUAUAUUUCCAGGUGUUAGUUCAUCACUGCAUGUCUUCCUGUCUCUUCUCUGUUGGAUUUUGAUUUUAUUUUGAUCAUUUUCUCCCAUCUUGUGUUUAAUUUAUUUAAUUGAUCCUGAUCUGUUUUGAUUUCAGUUAUUUAUUCAUUUCUGUUGCAUCCAGUGAUCAUCAUCCCAUAGCUUUAUGUUCCCCACUUUCACUUUGUCAGAUCCUCCUGUUUUCUUCUUGCUCGUUUUUGUUCCGUUUCUUCCAUUAAAUUUUCAUUUUCAUCA